AUGGUUCGAAAGAUGAAUCCAAAUACGAUCACACAUUUGCAGGUGGAUGAAGAUUCUAAAUUCAAAUAUGUUUUCAUAGCAUAUGAUGCAUGCAUUAAAGGAUUUCAUUGCAUGAGAAAGGUUAUUGUGGUGGAUGAGACUUGGUUGAAGACCAAAUACAAAGGUGUGAUGCUUAUUGCAACAUCACAAGAUGAUAAUUUUCAUCAAUAUCCUAUUGCUUGGGCUGUGGUUGAUUCAGAGAAUGAUGUUUCCUGGUCAUGGUUCCUUACAAAGUUACAAGAUCUUAUACUAGAUGAUAGUGACUUAGUCUUUAUUUUAGAUAAGAAUCAAAGCAUCAUUAAUGGGGUCUCACAUGUUUAUGGGAAGUCACAACAUGGGCAUUGUAGGUGGCAUUUAUCUCAGAAUAUUAAAGCAUGUGUCAGAGUUAAAGGUGUCAUAAAAUUAUUUGAACAAACUGACAAUGCCUAUAAAGUUUCUGACUUCAACAAACUCUAUGAUGAAUUGAAGAAUAGAUAUCCCGGAGCUAUGAAGUGUCUUGAAGAAUCAAAUCUCACACUUAGUAAAUGGUCAAGAUCUCACUUCAUAGGUUGUCGAUAUAAUAUUAUGACUAUGAAUGGUGUUGAAUCUAUUAAUGCAACACUGAGGGAACCUAGAGAGUACCAUAUCAUUGUGUUGUUGGAGGCUAUGCAAACAAAAGUCUCUAAGUGGUUCAACAAUUGCCGCAAUAUUGUGGCAUCUAUCAAUGCAAUGUGUACACCUUUAACUCCAAUGGCAGAGAAUAUUAUUAAAAAAAGAUUCAAGAAAGCAUCAGAAAUGAAUGUGAAACAACUUAACUGA